UUUGCCCCUGCCUUGCAUUGUGCUCAGCAGACCUCUCCACCACCAUGUCGGGCAUCAGGGUACUGCUGCAGAAAAUCCUGAUCCUCCUGCAGGUUACUCUGUCUGUCGUGGUGGGCAAAACACUGAUGAUACUGUUCCCCAAUGCCAUGAAAAGAUACAUCCUAAAGAUGGGCGAAAAGAGCAGAAUGAACAGGAAUCCGAAGUUCAGCUAUGAAAACUGGGGCCCCACUUUUUUCAGCUUCAAGUAUUUGCAGUUUGUGCUGAAGGUGAAGUGGAAGAGGCUGGAGGAUGAAGCCUACGAGGGACACCCUGCUCCCAACACGCCCCUGGUGACCCUCGGUGGGGAAGCUUGUCACCUCCUGGAUUUCAUGAAAGAUAAUCGACCUUUAAUCCUGAACUUUGGAAGCUGCACCUGACCUUCAUUUAUGCUGAAAUUUGAUGAGUUCAACCAGCUUAUCAAAGAUUUCAGCUCAAUAGCAGAUUUCCUUAUCAUCUACAUUGAGGAAGCUCAUGCAGUAGAUGGAUGGGCUUUUAAAAACAAUGUCAUUAUUAAAAAUCACAGAAGCCUCGAAGAUCGAAAAAUUGCAGCACAACUUCUUCAGAAAAAUCACCCUCUGUGUCCAGUGGUUUUGGACACAAUGGAGAACCUGAGCAGCUCAAAAUACGCUGCACUGCCAGAGCGACUCUACAUGCUGCAGGGAGGGAAGGUCAUCUACAAGGGAGGAGUGGGGCCUUGGAAUUACCACCCCCAGGAAAUACGUGCCAUCCUGGAAAAACUGAAAUAGAAAAAGAAGAGGACUUCAAAGCAAAAACUAUUUGGAUAAAGAAGUUCAAGAAUAGUAACUUAACUACUCUUAUCCCACAUGCAGUAAUGUGGGAGCUGGGUCCAUUGAGCUCUGGAUACCAACAUUUACACUUGUAAGGAAUAUCCUGCAGGAUGAAUUUCAGGGUGGUGACAUUUGCAGGAGGCCACUAGCAUGCAAAGCAAUUAUUUUACAUUACUAUAUACACAUUGCACUUGUGUGUAUAAAAUGUUCCCUUUCACUGACUUAGGAGGCUUCUGAGCAAGACAAUCUCUGUCAACAUCUGUUUCCAUGAAUAUUUGUUAUGAUGGUCCCAGCUUAAAGCACUGGUGGCUGUGACCUGAUUCUAGAAAAUAUUUAUAGAAACAAGGGGUUGAUCUACAAUUAUUAAAAGUCUAUCAAAACACUUCA